CCUGUGGAAAACACAUCUGUGAGACCCCUAGAGAGGUAGGAGCAAGCGUGGGUGUCUGGGCCCCCAGACCUCCAAGUUUCCUCUUCUCCUGCCCUUCAAUGAAGAGCCAGCCUUCUGGUGUGACAUUCUGGGUCACUCAUUCCCUGACACUGGAGGUGACAGCUGCUGCCUGCGAUUUGCUCCAGGCAGGUCUCUACAGCAAAGAGAAAAAAAACAAAACCAAACACAAGCUGUGAUAGGUUGUGGAGAGCAGUGGUGACCCGGGAGGAGUGUGGGAGCGGGGCUGGGUUCCCUCCCUCCCCUCCCUUCUGCACUGGAUGCGCUGAUGAAACGCUUGACAGGCCUUUGCAAGCAGUGCCACCUGGUGGACAGAUCAUGUAUUGCAGCCCUUGUCGGAGAAUUCAUUCACUCCUGGGCCGCUUCCCUCUCCAGAGCUUAUAUGGAUCUGGUUGUAGAGUGAGGUGCGGGCUGUCCCUGAGGCCGCACCACUUCCAGUGUCCCCCGGGACACCCCCAAAGACGACACGUGACCUAGGUCAGAGUCAAGCACAGCACAGGGAGAGUCAGAGCUGGGACAGAGCUUAGAACGGCAAUGUCAGGGCGGGAAGGACUUGCGCCCUCCUCAGGCCCCAUUCCCCUCCGCUUGUGCUCUAGAGAGCCGAGGCUGCCGGCUUCCCUUCAUUGCCGGUCAGGUUCCAGCCCGGCCCUCUCUAAGGCCCCCGGCAAAGUUUCAGCAAAGUGCCUGCGGCCCAGCCCUCCACGGCCUCCUUAGCGCCAUCCCAGCGUCCAUUCAGCACCCCAUUCGAAGCCAUCGGAAAACGAAGACUUUUGGGAGAGCCUCGGGCUGCCCCUGCUGGCGGGUCUGGGGAUUACACGCACGCCACCACCAGUCCUGGGUAAAAUCUGAACGGUGGUGCCAAGUUCUCAUGGAUGAUUAUUGGCCAGGUGCUUGGAAAGACCCGUCUCAGCCCGAAACAAUUAGGAAAGAAUAAGUCUGCGUCUAUUCUAAAGUCCAGGUUUUCACUUGGUUUGCGAGGCCAUUUGCAGGACAAAACGGGACCAUUCGUGGGUAAAGGAAUUGAUUCCCCAGUGCUGGAUCUAAAACCCACAUUUGUUCAUUCAUAUAAAGGGGGAGGGGUGGGACCUUUUAGAGAACUCUUUGGGUGGGGAGAUGGGUUAGGGGAAGGGUUGGAUGGUGGGAAUGACUUGGAGGAAAGGGAACCUGGCUCUACCCUUGGGGAAUUGGCUUCCUCGUUUUGAAAGUGGAUUUUGGAGAAAACUAGAGGGACUUUGUGCUGUUAGGAUAUAGUCAGGAGAGUCUCCUUCAGAACUCCCCGAAACUGGACAAAAGAAAACUCUCCGAGGACUUUGAAUAGUCCCAGGAAAGGUCGCAUUUUCUUUAUUCUCUUUAAUGGGGCGCAGAUUGGAAGCUUAAGAAAUGCUGAUUGACUAACGAGGAAGAUCCGGGUUUUCUUUAUUUUGGUGGAAAUGGAGGGUUAAACAGCCUUUGACUUUUCCCUAAAAAUGUCCCUUUUCCGGGCUGGGGGCUGGAACUUCUUGGAGUGAUUCAAGACUCCCGUAGCCUAGAAGAGAGACCAUCUCCGGCAUGUGCGGAACUGGGAGGCGCUCAUGCCCAUCACCUAUGGAUGGGGGGCAGAGGGGAUGCCUACGUGCCAGGUGCCACCUGGGCUGCCCUCUUGGGGGAGCGGCUAGCAAGGCUCUGAAAUUCUUGCCAAACACACGCACACCCCUAAUCCUGGACUCAAAUGGCCGCAGCAUCCAGUGAUUUAUUCAUUGCACAAAAAGGUGAUCUUUUCUCAGGUUUUUAGCGGUCUCAGCCUUUGGCAUCACUGCACCCCUCUGACCAUUUCCCUCGUGGACAUCCUCUCCUCCUCCCCUGACUUCCCCGCCUGUUCUCUCCUGAAAACUGCUACCGACCCUCAAAUUCUUCUGCUGGCUUUGGGGCAGCUUCCUGGGCCUCCUCCCCACCCCCCUCGUGGCUUCACCAACCCCCGUGACCUCGGUUCUAAUCUCUGUGGACAUGGCUGAGAUGCCUGGGCUAGACGGGCGGCUCUGCUGAGAUCGGCGGACAGGUCCAGCGGGCGGUCCAGAGGGAGCGAGGACGGAGCUCAGCCUUCCUCCAGCGGCCCUGUUUCUGCAGGGGCCCCAGUGCUCUGCCUUCGUCCCUUCUCCUUUGAGAACACACGCCGGGGCAUCAAAUGCCGGCCGGGCGGUAAAGCCAACGGGUCGGGGCAGGAGAAAGCGCGGGGGCUGGAUCAUUAGGACAGACCCGGCAGGAGUCCCCCUCCGAGGCCCCGGACUUUUCCCUCCGUGUCAGAACGGAAGCCUCCUUAGGGCAAGCUCCGCAAGGAUGUCCAGUACUCGUCCCACGCGGUAAUAAAAGCUUCUUUCAUUCAUUAACCUUUACUCCCUUUUCACUCCUCUUCCUUGGCCUUCCUUCCAGCACGCUUUAACUCUCCUUUUGCUUCCUCCCCUAGUUCCUCCUUCUUCUCCUUCCCCUCCCUUUUGCUCUGGCCCCGCCUUCUUCCCCACCCUCUUCUUCCCCCUCCCAAGUCUUCUGGUCCCUCCCCUCCUCCUACCCCUCUUGGCUUCGGCCCCGCCUUCUCCCCAUCAUGCCCCGCCCCAUCCCUACAGGACCACACCCCCUCACCCAUCCUACCACCUGAUUGGCCGUUUCGCGGAGACGCGGGAAAAGAAGCCGGGACGCGAGAGGCGGACGAUAAUGUGCGUCAUCUCCGUAAACCCGGUCCCGCCUCUUCCUGGUUCCCGCUUCCGGCUGGUGUUGUCAUUUCUCCCGUGCGACCUUGGCUUCUCUUCUGUGGGAUACCCGGCCGCUGCUGCAUUUGUUUGUCCCGGCCUCGUCCCCGACGCCGCCAUGUCCGCUCUGGCUCCACGACUGCUAAGCGGCCUGACCCGCCCUGCGCGCGGCCUCAUACGCGUGCAACGCGCACCCCUGCACGCACGUCCGGCCCGGGAGGAGCUGAGCCUGGGGGACAAGCUCAUCGCCAUGACAACCUGCUUCCUGUGCCUCCUGCUGCCGCCUGGCUGGAUCUUGUCCCACAUGGACAGCUAUAAGAAGAAGGAGUAAGGGGGGCUCCUGAGCUCUCCUCCCGCAGUCCAGGGACCUCCGGCCACCCAGGCCCCUCUUGACCAUACGCUCUUCCCUGCAUUCCUUGGUUGGGGAUCCUUCCACCACCGCGUCCUUCUGGCCUCAAUCAUGACCACUUGAUUCUUCCAUUGGAGCUGCCGGCCGAGCGCUUGUAUUCUGGCCUGGGCAGGUGGCACCUCCGGCAUGUGAAAAUAAAGUAGCGAAAUGUCUAAAGUC